UGCCAGGUGGAUUCCAUGGAGAAAUUGGAGAACUAUCCUCUGUACAUUAAGAGCAUCCCAACGGAAAAUGAGCUGAAGUUCCACUACACGGUUCACACAUCCCUCGAUGUUGUGGAUGAGAAGAUCUCGGCCAUGGGAAAAGCACUGGUGGACCAGAGGGAGCUUUACCUGGGGCUGCUGUACCCAACAGAAGACUACAAAGUAUACGGCUACGUGACAAAUUCCAAGGUGAAGUUUGUGAUGGUGGUUGAUUCAUCCAAUACUGCUCUUCGAGACAAUGAAAUCCGAAGCAUGUUCAGGAAGCUGCACAAUUUUUAUACCGACGUCAUGUGCAACCCCUUCUACAACCCCGGGGACCAAAUCCAAUCCAAGGCCUUUGACAACAUGGUGACAUCCAUGAUGGUGCAAGUGUGUUGAAGUUGUUGUGUCGUUCACAAGCCACUUGGCCUACGAAGACUUGCUGUAGAUACCCUGGUUUGAUGUCCUCUAUGUAUGUUCUCUCCCCCACUCCCACCAACAUGCUAUAUCAAAUAAACUCCUUCUGUGA